CAUACUGUAAAUAAUACAUUCAAGCAGAGCAAACACCAAAUGUGCAGCAGGAAGCGCAUUCAUCCGGACUCGUCAUUUCCUCCUCUUAUCUUUUGAGGCUGUGUGCAAGUCCUCAGAUUAGUCAGGCAGCGUAAACUCGGGGAGGGGUGCAAAAUGAGUACAAAAUAACAGGCGUGGUUUGGAAGUAUUUCCUUACACUCUCAGAAGGGGCUGAGCAUGUUAAAAAAAAAAAAAAACAUUGGACAACAAACAUGACGACAACUAACAGUGAGGAAGAUUUCAACAUGGAGGAGCAUACGAGGGAUCAAACAACGGACAAGCAAGAUGUGCCAUGCGACUCUUGCAUGGGCGACCCCUGCAAGGCCGUCAAAUCCUGCCUGACCUGUCUGGUGUCCUUCUGCGAGGAUCACCUCAGACCUCACCUGAAGAAUGCCAAGUUCCAGAGCCAUCGUCUGGUGGAGCCGCAACAUCACAUGGACUGCAGCAGGUGCGAUGUUCAUCACCUUCUGCUGGAGCACUACUGUCUGACAGACGGUUGCUGCUUGUGCUCCGACUGUCAAGGUCAGGGGCACGGAGGUCACGCCAUCGUGUCUGUGGGGGAGGCCCGCACUCAUAUUGAGAAUGAGCUGCAGAAAAAGAACCAGGAGAUCGAUAAGAGCGUGUCAGCGGCCGACAAAGCAAUGGAAAAGCUGUGCAGCAACAAGGACAGCAUGAAGUCUGUGGUGGAGGAGGCGCUAUCUGAGGUGGAGCAGCACUUUGUCAAGCUGCAGGAGGCAGUGGGAGAGGCCAGGAAGAAGGUCGUGGAGCAGCUGGAAGCAGAGCAGAGACGAGCGCUUCGGCAGGUGGACGGCGUGGAGGCGCACCUGAAGCAGAGGAGGGAGGAGCUGACUAAGACUUCAGCACAAAUGAACAGAAUGUUGCAGAUUAAGUCUGACGUCUCCUUCUUGCAGGAGUACCUGAAGUGGAAGGAGGGAGUGCCAGAUUGUUUACCCAAAGUGAGCAUCAACAAUAUGGAGCACAUCAAGUCUUACGUCCAAGUCGUAGCCAGUGUCACGCAAGAGCUGUGUGACCUGCUGCUCACCUCCUACCAGGACAAGCUCAGCAUCAAUGCUCAAAUUACUGGUGCCAAAUCUCAGACGCCACAAGUUCUGUUGCCGGACCCUGAGACGUUGGAAGACUUUUUAAAAUAUGCAAAGAAUUUGACCUUUGACCCGAAUACUGCUCACUAUUUCCUGCGCCUAACAGCGGACAACACAAAGGCAACCAACACCAGCCCCUGGCAGCACAGCUAUGUGGACCACCCCGACCGCUUUGAGCACUGGCGCCAGGCGAUGACGUCACAGAGCCUGUACACAGGAAGGCACUAUAUGGAGGUGGAGCUUGUUGGCGAAGGCGCUCACGUAGGGGUCACCUAUAAGAGCAUCGAGCGUAAGAGCCAAGAAACUAGCAGCUGCAUCACCGGGAACGACUUCUCCUGGUGCGUUGGGAGGAACAGCCGAGGCUUUUCCGCCUGGCACGCCGGCACAGAGACUCCAUUAGAGACUUCAGAUGUCGCAAAAAUCGGUGUGUACGUGGAUUUUCACCGUGGCCAUGUGUGUUUUUACGAUGUGAGCAGACCUAUGAUGCUGCUCCACAAGUACAAGGCUGAUUUCAUGGAGCCAUUGUAUGUGGCUGCCUGGCUAUCAAAGAAGGAGAAUGUAGUUUAUCUGGUUAAUAGUACAAACUGAUGUUUGCAUGGUUAGGCCUUACAGAUGACGUCACCAUCUUGAAUGAUAGUGACCUUUUCAUGCAAUCGCAACACUGGAGACUGUUAAUUAUGUCAAUGGGCUGUGAAGCACAUCAAUCUGGUAGAGUGAGUGACCUGGAAAACUGCGGAAUAUUCAUGCAUUUCUAUGUAUGACCCAAUGAAGGACUGCAGUUGCACUUAAUAAACUUUAUUGCAAGCGCAAGGGAGGAUAAUGUGCUUAACCUCUACCUAGACACUUGACUGACGGUCUAAAUGUCAUACAGAAGUGUGUGACUCGACCACACAUGACACACCAUAAAUAUUCAUCCUAUAUUUAUUUCAUUUACAUAUUUAGAUUCCUUGACCACGACCACCUUUAUCAUUCAUG